UACCAGGGGGAGCCGGACGAGAUCUCCGUGCAGAAGUGCCGCGAAGCUGCCCGGCAGGUUCAGGGACCUGUUAUAGUAGAGGAUACCUGCUUGUGCUUCAAUGCCCUGGGGGGGCUUCCAGGACCGUACAUAAAAUGGUUCCUGGAAAAACUCAAGCCAGAAGGCCUGUACAAGCUGCUGGCUGGGUUUGAAGACAAAUCUGCCUAUGCUCUCUGUACCUUUGCAUUCAGUACUGGAAACCCAGAGGAGCCAGUGAAGCUGUUCAAAGGCCAGACUCAUGGGCUGAUAGUGGAGCCCAGAGGCCCUCGAGAUUUUGGCUGGGACCCCUGCUUUCAGCCGGAUGGCUACAACCAGACCUACGCCGAACUGCCCAAGGCGGUGAAGAACUCGAUCUCGCACCGUUACAGAGCGCUGAGCGCGCUCUCUGCCUUCUUUCUUCAAAGCAACUCGACAGAGCCCCACUCCGGUCCCAGCUAG